UAAACAUGAUGAGAAAUCUCACCACCAUAUUACUCAUUUUCCAAGGAAUGCGAAAAUGGUCAACAAAAACUGUGCCUCGAUAACCACCAUCGCUUAUCGUUGAGGAAAAGAGGAAAAUCAUUCUCUACUAUAACAGCGAGUACGACUCUGGAUAACGAACAUUGUCUCAGAGUUGAAUUCGGUUGAUAGAACGAUUUUGAUAUGCUAUUUCUUCGUAGAUGUUUAGCUGUUGUUGUGACUCUUUGUGUGGUGGAUUGUGCGAGAAUUUUAGGGGUGUUUUACUCGCCUGGGUUCAGUCAUUUCAUUGCUGGAAGUACGCUUAUGAACAUUUUAGCGGAGAGAGGUCAUAAUGUUACUGUUGUGAGUCCGUUCUCAAGAAAUGCCGAAUUGGAGAACUACGAAGAAAUAUAUUUGGAUGGUCUCUUCAAUAAAUCAUGGAGUCGAGCAGCAAGUCUCUACAGAAAAAGACAAAGUCCUUUUCUUCUGACUUUGAUGGCAAACAAAUUAUCAGCUCCGUUCCUCGAAAAAUUUAUGUCUCAUCAAAAAUUCCAACAUUUGAUCAACGGAAAUCGAACAUUCGACUUGGUAAUCGUGGAACAGUUUGCCUGUGAGGCUCUUUUCUAUCUUGGACGCCACUUCAAUGCUCCCUUGAUUGGCUUCAGCACUCUAGAUGCAAGUCAGUGGACUAACAGAUACGUGGGAAACCCAACUUUUCCUAGUUUCAUACCAGACGUACUUCUACAUUUCGACAAGAUGAGUUAUGGACAACGAAUACAAAACACAAUCAUUUACAUCCUGAACGAAAUACUGUUCUACACUCAAAGGGUUCCAGCUCAGGAAAAAAUUCUGAAGCAGAAUUUCCCCAAAGCACCUGCUCUAAAAGAAUUCAUGUAUGAGACAGCCAUAACAUUUCUCAAUGCUGAUCCUAGUUUUCAUACUCCCAUACCCAAGGUUCCUAGCAUGAUAGACAUUGGAGGUUUUCAUAUAAAUCCCCCCAAAGCUCUGCCGAACGAUCUCCAGAAAAUAAUGGAUAAAGCUGAGGAUGGAAUCAUAUAUUUCAGUAUGGGCUCUGCUAUGAGAAGCAAGGAUAUGCCUGAGGAGAAGUUAAAUGCUUUUAUGGAGGUGUUUUCGAAAUUGGACCAAACUGUUUUGUGGAAAUGGGAAAACGAGAGCUUACCCAGAGAGAUCGAUAAUGUUGUUACGAGAAAAUGGUUUCCACAACAGGAUGUACUGAGACAUGGUAACGUUGUACUCUUCAUAACCCACGGUGGUCUCUUCAGCAUGAUGGAAUCUAUCAAUAAUAGUGUACCUAUGCUCACGAUACCCAUGAAAGCCGACCAGUUUCUGAAUUCUGCCCGAGGAGUAUCAGGUGGCUAUGCAAAAUCCAUCGACUUUCUUGAUAUAACAGAAUCGACACUAUCUUCAGCCAUACAAGAAUUACUCAAGGACUCAAGGUACAAACUUAACGCAGAAAAACGAGCGAUCGUCAUGAAAUUGAAACCGAUAUCGCCAAGAGACACAAUAAUCUUUUGGACUGAAUACGUGAUUGAAAAUCACGGUGCACCUUAUUUGAGAGCAUCAUCAUUGGACGUUCCGUGGUGUCAAUUCGUGCUUCUCGAUGUUUUGCCCAUUAUAAUUCUACCACCUGUUAUUGUACUCAUUGGUUUUAUUGUGCUGGUGGUUUACUGCGUAAAACUCAGUAUUAAACUCUGUGGUGAUGAAUGUGUUUCAACGAGGAAUAUAGUGAAAAAUAUAAAUUCUCGUUGCAAGAAUUUAUUGAAAUUCGAUAAAAACAACGAAACACCCAAUGAAGAAGGAAACCAACUGCUCGAAGAUAAGAAGGACAUGAGUAAAAAUCAGAGGGUCAUGCCAUUGGAGUCAGAUCUGUAAAUUUGAGGGGAAUUUCCCUAUUUACUUUCACACCUUAAAUUUUUUUCCAUAAUCUUCACAGAAGAAAAUGACAAAAGAAGUUUACGGUCAUACAUUUCCCAGAGAUAUGAUCAAUUGGAUGGAAACUAUGUGUAUAUGUUAUAUCAAGCAUCUAUAUGAGAGAAGCUUCAGCAAAGACUAUCACUAUAAAUGAACAUAAAUCAGUUAUCUUCAUUUUUAUUCUAUUUAAACGAAAUAAUUUGAAUAUUUGAAUAUAUGGAAAACCAAAUUUAUUCUAAUAAAUUCAGUUCUAGUUUGAAAUUUCGAGAUAAUCAACGUAGCCAAGAAAUCUAUCUGAAAAUUUAGUAUCUAUUCAUUUGUUCGUUAAGUUUUGUCUUACAUUGUAACAUUGAUCUCCGAAAUAAAAUUCACAGAAUUCUUUUUUAAUUCUGUAAUAUGUGAACUUAA